AUGGAGGCAGCAGCUGGAACCGAGUCGGGACCGUCGCAAACUGCAGCGAUGGGUGGUUCCUACAAAGGUUUCACCACGCUCCUAUCCGCUACGCUCUACAGAAGCGCCUCGAGAGAAGCACCGUACGCAAUUGCCGCUAUAGCCGAGUCAGAACGACCUGAAGCAGAGCGCAGUUGCGUAAACGGCUGCGCUCGAAGCGGUGCGUUUGGGCUCGCGGCUCCGAUCGCGGUGAGACCAUCGUUAGGUCUGCAGUCCGAGUGGAGUUAG